UUUGUAACCUUAGGAAUCGAUGACGUGCACGCAUAUAGCUGCAGUUAACAGGGGAAUUCGCUCCGUUUUACACGGAUUUGGAUGGAUAGCAUCCCAAAUUAACAAAUUUAAGAGCAUCUAGAAACCAGAAAUCAUGAAUACGUUUGUAACACAUCCAAGUGUAAGGAUCAAGGGAACAGAAAACAACUACAACCCAGUCCAGUGCAUAGACCCCAACUGCUUAAUCAAACCGCUUCAUAUGCACUGCCCUUUUUGUGUGAAGACUGACUCUUAUCAGGAUCCAGUUAUCCUAAAGGCACAUUACAGAGUAAAACAUGUUGACAAAGGACUCGAUUUUGCAGGUUUGAAAAUCCUGCGAUGUUGUGACCAGUGUGAUAUUGUGGGUGCCAUUAAAGGAGAGAAGAAAUUUAAGGGAGCACAUUGGCAUUGCUACAAGUGUCGCAAUGGAUUCAACCGGAGAGAUGAAGCUCUGAAGCAUUACAAGACUCAUUUCCGCAACCCACAAACAACCUUCCAAAUUCAAGUUACUCAGGAGGUAAACCAAAUGAUGAACAUGAACCAAGAGAGCCAGCAGGCAGCAGACACAAUCCAUGCCACUGUGACUGCAGGGGAUGAACUUGCUGUUCACCCAGUGUUUACUGAGACUGUGAUUACAAAUACACCAGGGAAUGGCCUCUUGAGCCCAUCCAAUGUCAGCAUUGCCAAUGGAAAAAAUUCAAAUGAAGGUGAGGUCCAAGUGGCAGUAGCUGCAAACGAAACUGUGGGGACCUCUGACCCACACAUUGUGAUCAUUCAAGAAGAACCACUGGACACAAACCAAGAAGCAGAUUCUAAUUCAUAUGCGACACAGUUGAAUGGCAGUCAGGGAGAUGGGUCCUUUUUACAACAACAGGUGGAACAACUUAAACAAAAAAAUGAGCAGCUGAAGUUUGAAAAGACACACAUAGAGCAGGCAUUGAGAUCAGAGAUACAACAGCUCAAGAUGCAGAUUCAGAUGCAGUCUCAAGAAGUCGUAAUGUACCAGCGACGUGAGCAAGAACUUCUUGGUCAGUUGAGUGUUUCUUUAGAUGAUAAAAUUCAAGAUAUGAUCACAAACCUACAGAACCAGCAUCAAGAGUUACUGCACCAACAACUGGCAGAAGUAAAACGGGAGUUCACUUCACAACUGCAUGCAGCAUCAGAAAAUACUGUGACUGUCACAUUUGGGGCAUCAGAAGCCAAUCAAGACACCACGUCAGAUGGACAAAGGACACUUAUGAUAUCUGCAUCCAAUGAUAUUGACACAAGGAAUCUGGAUGAAAUUACAGUUACAGAAUCCGAAAAUAGUUCCAAUAAUACAACUUUUUUUGUCAUCGAUUCUGUUCAGGGUAGCCAUGAUGAAACUCAAAAAAAUAAUAAUACCGAAUCUAGGAACAGCAGCAAUCUGAACACUUCACCAAGAACAUCAAAACGAUUAAAGACUAGUUGAAACAUGCAAAAAAGUAUCAGGGAAUGAUAGUGUUUUUUUCUUUUUGUAAAUGUUGUAUAUUUGUAAUUGUAAUGACCUUUUUAACAUCAAACUGGUUUUAUUAGCUAUAUAAAUGUGUAAACAAAUUAAUGUUUUUUUUUUUUUGUACAUGAUUUAUAGACAUGCACAGGACAUUUUUGCACAGCUCCAAUAUCAAAGCUGCAGCACAGGCAUGUUUAAUUAUCAAAGUCGUGUGUUCCAUUCCUUAGUCAUUCCUUCUCUCUAGUAGGUUACUUUGAUUACCUCUGUCGCUGUCCAACACCUUUCAUCACCCCAUAAAUGCCAAUUAUAUUUUUUGUUUUACUUUAAAUCUUCUGCACUUUUUUUUUUCCGAAAAAUGCAAGCAGUUUAAAAAAAUCAGCGGGAUCGAUAUUUAGAAAGUUACUCUGCAUGCGUUUUAGUGUCGUUUUAGAAAGGAGGUAGAAAAUCUUUUUUUCUUUUGCGUGUAUUUUUAAUUUAUAUCAAACUUUUGGCCUCCAUUUUGCCUAAAAGUAAUUGUAGAGUAACUUUCUUUAAAUGUCUUUGUUUAAUAUCUUUUUGUGCCAUCACUGAUGUUUUAUUUCAAUGGUGUGACCCAAUUACAGGAAUGGAACAUGUUUCUUACAAAUCUGGAUUGAAUAAUCUGAGAUGAAAUUAAGGGAAUGAAAAGUUUUUUGGUCAGUCCCAAACACUAAGUGUUUUGCUUGUAGAUGCUAAUGAAAUACAAGUAUUAAGGAAUAGUGAAUAACCAUAGUUUUUAUGAUCAGGACAUCUUGUGCUGUGUCAGGCUUCCAACGUCUUUUCUCAUGCAAGCAAAAACAAUACAUCAUGUAUAUUUCUUUUGAAAUUGUUGGUGACAUGCUUAACAAAACAGUACAUAUUUAAAUAUAAAAAAUGUAGGUGAAAGUACCCAAAUUGUUUUUUACAUGUGUAUUUAAUUUUUUACAUCUAUGUACUUCUAAUUGAGUGGUAAUCAUGACUGAGCGCUAAUGAGCUCAGAUUAAUGGUUUCUAAUAGUAGAAAGAUGGAUAAGUAAAGCAAGUUCUAGUUGUUUAUAUUUUUCAGCUGCAAAUUCAAGUGCAUGUAAAUCAACAAAUACAAAGCCAUGAUAAAUGAAAAUGAUGAAAAAAUUU